CAUCAGAAGAUGCCGCCCGCAGUGCUUAUGCAACACAAGUCUUAUAUAAUCAACACAGGAAGGCAGCCAAGCCAAGCCAAGCAGCCAAGUGGUUAGCUCCCCCAUCUCCCAUAAAGGAACAUUACUGGAAGCAAGAUGUCAUUCUGCUCAUGGUUUGGUGGUGAAAAAUAUAGGGAUCAUUUUGAGCAUGGGGUAUACGCGUGCGGCGAGUGCGGCCACCCGCUGUUCCCGAGCUCGGCCAAGUACGAGCACCACACGCCCUGGCCCGCCUUCAGCCAGCCGGCCGGCGAGGGUGCGCUGCGCAAGCUGCCCGAAGCCGAGGGCGCUACCGAGACCAAGUGCCCGGCGCUGAAGGUGAUGUGCGGUAAAUGCGGCAAUGGGCUAGGGCAUGAGUUCCUCGGGGACGGCCCGGACGGCGGCUCGCGCUUCUGAAUAUUCUCACACGCCCUCAAGUUUGUGCCUCACAAAGAGGUGAUCAAGCGUGAGGGCGCUACCAAUGGCACGAAGGCUGAGUAGCGCUGCCCCGCCGGCAGCGCCGCCGGUGGGCGGCGACCCUGCUGGGGUGGCGACCCCGGCUGGAAGGCCGGACGACCCGCAGGCCGGGCCGUCCGGCUCCGGUCCACAGAUCCCGGACCGGGGGCGGCGAGGAGCGCGGCGAUGGCGCGGGACGCGGCCUCCGCGGAGAGGGACCGGCCGGCAGGAAGCGGCUCAGGGUGUUGUUACGUUUGGGAUCGGGCUGUGGUCCUCGCUCCUCACCCCCGGGACUGAGCUGCGGUCUUCACCAGGACUGGGCGCCGGUCCUGAUCUCUCUGGUUCUGGCCUCCGGGACCUGAUUGGUCCGUUGCCCUGAUCUCGAGUACUGGUCACUAGUCCUGACCUCUGGUGCUGGCCUCUAGUCUUGGCGGUAAUGGUUUUAAAUCCUAACUUAUGUCUGUCUCUAGCCGGGACGUUUGGCCUCCGUAUCGGCGUUUAUGUCUAUGUCUACCUAGUUGAUACUCGUCUAUGCUACCAACCCUCGUUAUCGGUCCGUGACCCUGACCGUUGGUGCCGGCGCCUGGUCCUGAACGCUGUCGCCGCCGCCGGUGCCGGCCUCGGGACGCGCCGGCUCCUUGCCGGGACGGAGCCGGCGGC